UGGAGAGGAGGAGGAAGAUGGCGGGAGGGCGGCUCUGAGGAGACCUCGGCGGCGGCGGAGGAGGAGAGAAGCGCAGCGCCGUGCCGCGCCGGGGCCCAUGUGGGGAGGAGUCGGAGUCGCUGUUGCCGCCGCCGCCGCCGCCGCCUGUAACUGCUGGACCCGAGUGGGAGUGAGGGGGAAACGGCAGGAUGAAGUUCGCCGAGCACCUCUCCGCGCACAUCACUCCCGAGUGGAGGAAGCAAUACAUCCAGUAUGAGGCUUUCAAGGAUAUGCUGUAUUCAGCUCAGGAUCAGGCGCCUUCUGUGGAAGUUACAGAUGAGGACACGGUAAAGAGGUAUUUUGCCAAGUUUGAAGAAAAAUUUUUCCAAACCUGUGAAAAGGAACUUGCCAAAAUCAACACAUUUUAUUCAGAAAAGCUUGCAGAGGCUCAGCGCAGGUUUGCUACACUUCAGAAUGAGCUUCAGUCAUCACUGGAUGCACAGAAAGAGAGCACUGGCGUUACUACACUGCGACAGCGCAGGAAGCCAGUCUUUCAUUUGUCCCAUGAGGAACGUGUCCAACAUAGGAAUAUUAAAGACCUUAAACUGGCCUUCAGCGAGUUCUACCUCAGUCUUAUCCUGCUGCAGAACUAUCAGAAUCUGAAUUUUACAGGGUUUCGAAAAAUCCUCAAAAAGCAUGACAAAAUCCUGGAAACUUCUCGUGGAGCAGAUUGGCGAGUGGCUCAUGUUGAAGUGGCCCCAUUUUAUACGUGCAAGAAAAUCAACCAGCUUAUCUCUGAAACUGAGGCUGUAGUGACUAAUGAACUUGAAGAUGGUGACCGACAAAAAGCUAUGAAGCGUUUACGUGUCCCUCCUUUGGGAGCUGCUCAGCCUGCACCAGCAUGGACUACUUUUAGAGUUGGUCUAUUUUGUGGAAUAUUCAUUGUACUGAAUAUUACCCUUGUGCUUGCCGCUGUAUUUAAACUUGAAACAGAUAGAAGUAUAUGGCCCUUGAUAAGAAUCUAUCGAGGUGGCUUUCUCCUGAUUGAAUUCCUUUUUCUACUGGGCAUCAACACAUAUGGUUGGAGACAGGCUGGAGUGAAUCAUGUGCUCAUCUUUGAACUUAAUCCAAGAAGCAAUUUGUCUCAUCAGCAUCUUUUUGAGAUUGCUGGAUUCCUUGGGAUAUUGUGGUGCCUGAGCCUUCUGGCAUGCUUCUUUGCUCCAAUUAGUGUCAUCCCCACAUAUGUGUAUCCACUUGUCCUUUACGGAUUUAUGGUUUUCUUUCUCAUCAACCCCACCAAAACUUUCUAUUACAAGUCGCGGUUUUGGCUGCUUAAACUGCUGUUUCGAGUAUUUACGGCCCCCUUCCAUAAAGUAGGCUUUGCUGAUUUCUGGCUGGCCGAUCAGCUGAACAGCCUGUCAGUGAUAUUGAUGGACCUGGAAUAUAUGAUCUGCUUCUACAGUUUUGAGCUCAAAUGGGAUGAAAGUGGGGGCCUGUUGCCAAAUAAUUCAGAAGAACCCGAAAUUUGCCACAAAUACUCGUAUGGCGUGCGGGCCAUUGUUCAGUGCGUUCCCGCGUGGCUUCGUUUCAUCCAGUGCCUGCGCCGGUAUCGGGACACAAAGAGGGCCUUCCCUCACUUGGUCAAUGCUGGGAAGUACUCCACAACUUUCUUCACUGUCACGUUUGCAGCCCUGUACAGCACUCACAAAGAACGAGGUCACUCAGACACCAUGGUAUUCUUUUACCUUUGGAUUGUGUUUUGUAUCAUCAGUUCCUGCUAUACCCUCAUCUGGGAUCUGAAGAUGGACUGGGGUCUCUUUGAUAAGAAUGCUGGAGAAAACACCUUUCUCCGGGAAGAGAUUGUAUACCCCCAAAAAGCCUAUUACUACUGUGCCAUCAUAGAGGAUGUGAUUCUGCGCUUUGCUUGGACUGUCCAAAUCUCAAUCACCUCCAUGACGUUGUCACCUCAUUCUGGGGACAUCAUUGCCACUGUCUUUGCUCCCCUUGAGGUUUUCCGGCGAUUUGUGUGGAACUUCUUCCGCCUGGAGAAUGAACAUCUGAAUAACUGUGGUGAAUUCCGUGCCGUGCGGGACAUCUCUGUAGCCCCUCUGAAUGCAGAUGACCAGACACUCCUAGAACAGAUGAUGGACCAGGAUGACGGGGUACGAAACCGCCAGAAGAACCGGCCAUGGAAGUACAGCCAGAGCAUAUCCUUGCGCCGGCCUCGCCUCGCUUCUCAAUCCAAGGCUCGUGACACUAAGGUAUUGAUAGAAGACACAGAUGAUGAAGCUAACACUUGAAUCCUCUGAAGACUAGAUUAACAUCUUUGGUUUUCCUACUCUACAAUUCUUUCCUCGACCAACGCAACCUCUAGUACCUUUCCAGCCGAAAACAGGAGAAGACACAUAACACAUUUCCGAGCUCUUCCAGAUCGGAUCCUAUGGACUCCAGACAAGCUCACUGUGUUUCUUUUCUUUUCUUCUGGUUUAAUUUUCAUUUUCUAUUUUUAAAACAAAUAUUUACUUCAUUUUGCCAAUCAGAGGACAUUUUAAGGAACAAAAACAUAGUAUCUUAUGGAUUGUUUACAAUCACAAGGACACAGAUACCUAUCAGGAUGGAAGAACAGGCAUUGCAAGGACCCUCUGAUGGGACGGUACCGAGAUACCUCGGCUUCCGCUGGGCCCGGUUUUGACUGGUUGAAACCGGACAUUGAUUUUUAAAUUUUUUGUCAGUUUAUGUGGAGAAUUUUUUCCUUUCCUUCAUACCCAGCGCAGAUGCACUGGCCGCACUUGCAGGGAAAGUGCAACUUAGAGCAGUACCUUCAUUCAUGAAGCUACUUUUUAAUUUGAUGUAACUUUUCUUAUUUUGGGGAGGGUUACUGGGUGGGCGGGAAAUAUGAUGUAUUUGUUGCAUAUAGUUUUCUCAUUAUUUAUGAAACUUAACCAUAAAAGAAUGCUAUAACUCCUGUGCAAUGAAGGUGGUAACAGUGAAAGACGACAGGGGAAACUAAUGUUGGACAGCAUGUGAGGGUUUAGUCCACAAUACCUCUUUGAUGAGACAACUCGCACCAGUUUGACUUUUUCUUUUCUUUUCUUUUCUUUUUUUUUAAUUUUAAGCCAAAGUUUUAUUACUGAUUUUUUUAAGUUGCUGCUGCUUUAGAAUCCUGAGCAUGUCUUUCAUAACAAAGUAUCUAUAUACUUCUACGUAACUGGUUGAAAUUUUUUAAGAGGUCUGAUACUUUUUUUUAAGGAACAAAUGUGGAAUAUAUUUGCCCAUACUCCAACCAUAACAACUGAAGUUAUGCCUUAUUAAGCUUCAGCAUUUAGGGUAAUGGAAGUAUAAACUUUACUGACUCUGAACAAGAAGAUAAAACUAUUUCAGAGACUCCCUACACCUUACUGGAUAGUUUUUCUUUUGGAUUCACUUGCUUUAGCCAGAAUUUGGUCAAAUUAAGUCUGUCUUGGGGAAACCAUAUUUUUGAGAGCAAAGAACAAAUUCUCCUUCUUCUGUCACAUUACAUGAAUAAAACAGACCUUGGCAACCAUUUCUUCCAGCAGUUUUAAAGGAUGAACAUUGGAUUUCAUUCCCUCCUAUGAGAGAAAAAACAACCUGCUUUUAAGAUUUUUGAGGUCUAAACUUGGUGUAAACAAAAGGUAUAUUUCUUAGACAUUAUCAGACUCUCAUGGUCUGUGCACAAUGCCCAUUUUUACUUCUUUGUCUAAUUUCUUUCCUACGUUCCUAAGUCAUCCAAAUAAGCCCCCAAACCUUAAAGGAUUUUGCUUCCUUGAAUGUGGUUGGCAUUAAAUUGAGCAUUUCAUUAUCUAACAAAAUUAAUAGAAAUACCAGAAAAAGUGAAGUAUGUUUUAAUCCACCCAUCCCCCCCAGGUCCAGAUGAAGAUUCCAGCAUCAACAUCAGUGGAUUCAUGAAAGUAAAUUACUUCUGCUGUUUUCAGCUUAAUCUUAGGCAAAGAGACAAAUGAGUGGAAGGGCAGCUGUUAUUAUCACUUACUCAGUCUUGAAAAUACAUGGUCACUUGCCCCUUACAAUACCCCCAUGGUCAGUAGCUCUUCUACCACGUAUUGCCAAGUCUUCCUGACACCUGUUGUGAUUCUAGUAGAUUAUAUUAAAGUUACUGUUACUACCAAAAUUCUAUCAAUUAACUGACAAAUAGUUCCUUUUUAAAGGAGUUUAUUCCAUUUUUAUUCUGACAAGCUUCCAAAGUUUUUUCCCUUUCCAAAUUGUGAGAUUUUUUUUUUUUCUGAAAAAUCAUACAAAUUUUUGGCUUUUGUUGUUUUUUUAUGUUUUGCCAAGCAUGUUCUUUGGCCCAAAACUGAAGAGGAAAAGUUUAAUUACUUUUUUUUAGUUUAAAUAAUCAUUUAUAAUAAUCAGUGGUAAUAAUUUAGUGACCUUUAAUAGAUUAAAGGUUUCAUUACUUAUACUUGGGAUUUUUUUUUCUAACUAUUUUGUUUUUGUACUUUAAAACUAUGGGGGAAAUAUCACUGGUCUGUCAAGAAGUAACAGUAAUUAUUACUGAGUUGGAUAAGUCCAGUGGACCAGUCAUUUCUUGUACAAAUAAAACUGGUGGUACUAAUGUGUAUCCAGAGCAAUUUGAAUUGUCAACUUCAUUUUCUGUUAGUGGCACUAUAGAAUGACACAUAAAAUCUUAUAGUUGACUUCUGGUA